AUGUCUUCUCAGAUGAAUAACCGCAUCCAGUCCGCUGGAAAGCGCGCGCGCACAGACGGUAGCCGGCGUGAGGACGACUGGAUUUGCCCCAGCUGUAACAACGUCAACUUCGCAUUCCGCACCACCUGCAACAUGCGCAACUGCGACCAGUCCAGGCCCGCAGAUCACACGAAGGCUAUGCAGACUCCACCCCACUACUCGGUGCCGGGGCGGUACAUGCCGCCGGGGACGCCUCCGUCCAUGUACCUCACCGGGGCUCCUCCCCCGUAUGGCUCCAACCUCUAUAAUGGGCAUCCCAUGCCACGCUAUGGCAUUCCUCAGCUCCCUCCGGGCUCUGGAUAUCCGUAUGGCUAUGGCGGGCGAGUCCCGAUGGGGAGCCCCUAUGGGCCAAUGCAUAUGGCGGCACCACCCCCAUAUUCUAGUGGUUCUAUGGUUGGUGCAGGUGGAAUGUACAGCAUCAGCAUGCCCAUGGAUAGAUAUGGCUUGGGCUCACCCGCUGGUCCUGGGGCAAUGGGCACAAGGGCUGGUUCCUAUUCUGACGAAGGCUCACAGAAGAAAUCUGCUGGAGCUGGACGUGAUAAUGAUUGGAAGUGCCCUAAUUGCAACAACAUUAACUUCGCCUUUCGGACAGUCUGUAACAUGAGAAAAUGCAACACACCAAGACCUGACACCCAGGGAUCCAAACCUGACAGUUCAAGAGCUCCAAAACCAAAGACUCCAGAGGGUAGCUGGAAGUGUGAAAAGUGCAAUAACAUAAACUAUCCUUUCCGGACAAAAUGCAACCGUCCAAGUUGUGGGGAAGAAAAGCCAUUGCAGGCAAACAGUCCUGAUGAUCUGGCUACAGAUCAGGACAAUCAGUUUUUGUCAUGUAAUAUGGGGAAGCUUUUAUCAAAGCUGCAACUUUCACAUGACUUUGAAGACAACAGUGUUCUAAUCGAGAAGGAUGUUCCCGGCCACGCUGCUGGACUACCGGUACCGACAAGUUCGCAUGCCCUGCGAAUGGCAGCUCUCAGUGAGCUGCAAGACAGUUUAUAG